CCUACCAUCAUUCUAACCAAAGAUCUCGAAUCAAUCACCAUGAAAGAAGACAUCUUUGGUCUUGUCAUCUCUGUUUAUGUAUACGACGACGCGAAUUAUGAGAAGACUCUGGAACUCAUCGAUAACGCCUCGCCUUAUGCACUGACUGGCUCUAUGAGAGUCGCACUUAAGGUCUCUGCGAUAUGCCUUGACUGACCAUCUCUUCUCCAGCUUUGCCACAGACUACAAAGCCCUUCUGACUCUCGCAAACGAACUACGCAACGCUGUUGGCAACGUCUAUUACAACGAGGAAUGCGCUGGCACGGUUGUGGGUCAACAACUCUUUGGACCAGCGAGUGGGACUAACGACAACCAUAUUCUACCGGUCCGUUUCGGCGAAAAGCAUCAAGCAGAACUUCGUGGGCCCGGAG